AUGCCGAGCGGAGAUUCAAGUGAGGGAGAUGGCAGUUCGGCGAGCACAAGUAGUGGGGUGUCGACCCCAUUGGCUGUGGUAGUAGGCAGUUUGCAGUCUUUUCAAGUUAAAGGAGAUUCGCAUUCGGUUUCGCAGCGAUGGAGAAAAUGGAAAAGAGCGUUUCAGUUAUACGUGCUUGGUAAAGGGAUCACGAAUGACUGGCAGAAACGUGGCCUGCUUCUUCACACAGCUGGACUCGAUGUACAGGAAGUUUAUUUCACACUGGUGCCUGAUGGAGCAGAGAAGAACUACGCCGAAACUUUCAAGGCACUGGAUGGCUAUUUUAUUCCUAAAGCUAACGUACCGUUUGAGAGACAUUUGUUUCGACUACGAGCCGCUUCGUGUGAGUUUGGAGAGCGGGAAGAUGAGUACAUCACAGAUCAAUUGAUUGGCAAAUGUUACUCGGCAAAAUUUCGUCGGAAAUUUUUAGAAAAGGAACGCAGCGUUACUUUGAAUGAUCUACUAGUUACAGCUCGGGCACAGGAAGCAGUUAGUUUGCAGAUGGAAGCAAUGGGGGCUAAUAGUGGUUCAGGACAAGUGAACACUGUUGUUGACGAUGGGGCAACGGGAGGUCACAUAAGUUCAGAGCAGGUUAACAUUGUGGUGAGUUUAAGAGGGAGCACUAGUAGCGAGAAGAGGGACUGUUUCAAUUGUGGUCGAGAGGAUCACUUAGCCAGAGAUUGGAGAUGUCCUGCUCGAGGUAGAAAGUGUCUUCAGUGUGGAGAAAUUGGACAUUUCAAGGUCAAGUGUUGUAAGAAGCUCGCUAAGAAUUCCCAUCUGGGGCACAGACAAGGAGCAACAUGCAACCUUUUAGGCCAAGGAGCUUGGGAGUGGUUUAAGUCACAGAAAAUCCAGUUUCAGACCCGAAAGGAGGCCAAAGCCUUAUUUCCUUAUGGAAGUACAAAGCCAUUGUCAACACUCGGAACAUUUACAGCAGACAUAAUGUCCAUUGACACUAGUGUGACCUGCAAAGCUGAUUUUGUAGUUAUAAAUGGAGAUGGCAGAAGUCUCCUCUGCAGAGAAACAACAGUGAAACUUGGUUUGCUACGACCUGGGCCUAGCCAUGCCGUUAAUGUUGUCAAUACAGAAGCUGAUAUCAAAGAAAAGUACAAAGAACUUUUCAGCGGUGUUGGCCUUCUCAGGGAUUACGAGUUGAAGUUAAAUAUCGAUGAUUCGGUGAAGCCGGUGGCGCAGCGAGUCCGCAGGAUUCCAUUCGGUGUACGAGAGAAAGUCGAGAGAAAGCUAGAUGAAUUGUUGGAGAAUGGAAUUAUAGAGGAGGUCCCUGAAGGACCAACAGGGUGGGUCUCACCACUUGUGGUUAUACCCAAGGCAGACGGAGAUAUCAGGAUUUGUGUAGACAUGAGGUGUGCCAAUCAGGCAAUAGUGAGGGAACGUCAGCCUAUCCCUACAAUAGAGGAGGUGCUUCAAGAUCUUUAUGGUAGCACAGUAUUCAGUCGUGUAGAUCUGAGGUGGGGAUUUUAUCAGAUACUUCUAGCUGAGGAGAGUAGACAUGUGACAAAGUUCGUGACUCACCGUGGUCUCUAUAGAUAUACCCGGCUUAUGUUUGGUGUCACCUCAGCACCUGAAAAGUACCAACAAAUCAUCCGGGACGUACUGCGAGGCUGUGAAGGCGUGGCUAAUAUAGCAGAUGACUUGAUAAUUCACGGACGAGGGGAGGAGCAGCAUGAUAAGAGGCUCUUGGCUGUGCUCGAUCGAUUGAGGGAAACAGGUCUGACACUGAACAAAGACAAAUGUGAGUUCAUAUUACCCAGGUUGAAAUUUUUUGGUCUCGAAGUAACACAGACUGGUAUAGAACCCAGUGAAGAGAAAGUCGCAGAAAUCAGACAGGCAGGUCCUCCCCAGAAUGUUAGUGAAGCCAGAUCUUUCCACGGUCUUGCCCAGUUUGUGUCUAAGUUUGUCCCAGAUCUGUCGUCCAUUGCAGAACGCAUUCAGAGGUUAACCCACAAGAAUGCUGAGUUCAAAUGGGGCAAAGAACAAUAG